CCUCUACAGGGGAGAGUUCGUCGGGAACCUGCCGCACGGGAAGGGGAAGUACCUGUGGGUGGACGGGUGCAUGUACGAGGGGGAGUGGCGGCGGGGGAAGGCCGCUGGCAAAGGGAAGUUCUCGUGGCCGUCGGGGGCGACGUUCGAAGGGGAGUUCCGGUCCGGCCGGAUGGAGGGCUUCGGGACGUUCACCGGCUCGGAGGGCGACACGUACCGGGGGUCGUGGAUCGCGGACCGGAAGCACGGGUAUGGCAGCAAGCUGUACACGAAUGGGGACUACUACGAGGGGAUGUGGCGGCGGAACCUCCAAGAGGGGCACGGCCGGUACGUGUGGCGGAACGGGAACCAGUAUAUCGGGGAGUGGCGGAACGGUGUCAUCUCCGGCAGCGGGGUCCUCAUCUGGGCCAACGGCAACCGCUACGACGGCCAGUGGGAGAACGGCGUUCCCAAGGGGAACGGCGUUUACACCUGGCCCGACGGCAGCUGCUACGUUGGCAGCUGGAGCAAAGGGGAGCCAAAGACCCUCAAUGGCACCUUCUACCCGGCCGCCCUCGCCGGCGGACCGAAGGAGAUCGCCGGCGGGAGGAGGAGCCCCUUUUCGCCGCUGGACGAUGCAUUGCUGCUGCCGCCGCUGUUCCCGACUUCGAGGAAGAGGUCGUCGGUGGACGGAGCGCCGGGGAGGGUGAGCGCGGCCGCCGCCGCCGAGAAGAACUUCCCCAGGAUCUGCAUCUGGGAGUCGGACGGCGAGGCCGGGGACAUCACAUGCGACAUCAUCGACACCCUCGAGGCGUCGAUGCUGUAUAGGGAAGGGACUUCCUUCGACUCGAGCGGUGGGGGCAUCGGAGCCAGGCAGCGGCGCCGGAGCCCGUGCUGCUUGACCGUCGGGGAGGUGAAGAAGCCCGGGCAGACGAUAUCCAAAGGCCACAAGAACUAUGAUCUCAUGUUAAACCUUCAACUGGGAAUCAGGUACUCUGUUGGGAAGCCAGCUUCGACUCAGAUGAGAGAGCUUAGACAAGCGGAUUUCGAUCCAAGGGAGAAGUUCUGGACCAGGUUUCCCCCUGAGGGAUCCAAGAUUACUCCACCCCACCAAUCUGUUGAGUUUCGAUGGAAGGAUUAUUGUCCCAUGGUCUUCAGACACUUGAGAAAUUUGUUUUCUGUGGAUCCGGCGGAUUAUAUGCUGGCUAUCUGUGGUGAUGAUGCAUUGCGGGAACUAUCUUCACCUGGGAAGAGUGGCAGUUUCUUCUAUCUGACCCAGGAUGACAGAUUCAUGAUCAAGACAGUGAAAAAAUCUGAAGUAAAGGUGCUUAUUAGGAUGUUGGCGAGUUACUACCAACACGUUCGUCAUUAUGAGAACUCACUAGUCACAAAGUUCUAUGGCGUGCACUGUGUAAAGCCAAUAGGUGGGCAGAAGGUUCGUUUCAUUGUAAUGGGCAACCUUUUCUGCUCAGAGUAUCGCAUACAUAGGCGGUUUGACCUAAAAGGUUCAUCUCAUGGUCGAACAACUGACAAGGCUGAGGCAGAGAUUGAUGAGACAACUACCCUCAAGGAUCUUGACCUCAAUUUUGUAUUUCGCCUGCAAAGAUCUUGGUUUAGAGAAUUCUCUGAACAAAUUAAGCGGGACUGUGAAUUCUUGGAAUCUGAGAGGAUUAUGGAUUAUAGUCUCUUGGUGGGAGUUCACUUUCGGGAUGAUGUUUCAGCUUCUAAAAUCUGUCUGUCUCCAUUUGGUGCUUCUCCAGAAUUUUCUGGCAAGAGGGAAUCAAUUCAAGGUGGAGAGGGAUUGUCCGAGUUAUGCUUCUCUGCAUCAGGCUGUCAGGAUAUGGAUCGGAUUCUGGAUGGCUGGAAGUCAUUGAUUCGGCUGGGCUCAAACAUGCCAGCAAGAGCAGAGCACGUGUUGAGGAGCGAGUCUGAGUCAUUUCCUCUGAUUGGAGGAGGGUUGUCCACACCUGCCCAAAGUGGUGAAACCUAUGAUGUGAUCCUCUACUUUGGGAUUAUUGACAUCCUCCAGGACUACGAUAUCACUAAGAAGCUGGAGCAUGCCUACAAGUCAUUGCAGGCCGAUCCCAAUUCCAUCUCAGCAGUGGAUCCGAAGCUCUAUUCCAGAAGGUUCCAAGAUUUCAUAAGCAAGAUCUUUGUGAAGGACGAGUAAUGCAAGGGAAAAAAAAGAACAGACCUAGGACAAAUUUGAGCACAAACAGUAGAAAUGUUCAGGGAAAUAAGAAGUCAACCAUGGUGGGACUGCUGCGACUGGAGGGAUUUGCAGCUAUCCGCAGUUGAUAUUUAUAUGUGGCUCCAUGGUACAAAGGUGAGAGGUGUAAAUGCUGAUCGAUUAGGGGCAUGCUUUGCUCCUGGAGACUGGAGAAGCGAUUACAGGAUUGCUGCUAAUGGCGGGUGAGGCUGAAUUUUGAAGCUCAGCCAUGGGAAAGAUUUGUACAUGCAAUUUGGGAGGAGAAUUGAAUUGCAGAUUUUUUUUUUUUUUU